AUGGGCCUUCUCAAUUCUCUGUUGGGACAAGAAUCAAGAAGAUUCAUCAAAAGAAAAGACAGUGAUGCAGGGGAAGCAGGCCGUGCGUUGGAAGAAAUCCGAAGCGCUCUUUAUAACGACCUUCGGACGUCGGAAGGCGCCAAACGGCAACAACAGCGGCAUUGUGGACCGGUUGUGGCCAUGUCGUUCAAUUUCAUGGUUGCUGUUGGUAUUAUUCUUGGCAACAAAUUGGUGAUGGGGAGAGUUGGAUUCAAUUACCCGAUAUUUCUCACGUUAAUCCACUACACGACCGCUUGGCUUUUGCUGGCCGUUUUCAAGGCCCUCUCGUUGCUUCCCGUUUCGCCUCCUUCGAAAUCCACGCCGUUCUCAUCACUGUUUGCAUUGGGGGCUGUCAUGGCUUUUGCCUCUGGGCUUGCAAACACUAGCCUUAAGCACAACAGUGUUGGUUUCUAUCAAAUGGCUAAAAUUGCGGUCACGCCAACGAUUGUAACAGCAGAAUUUAUCCUUUUUAAGAAGACAAUAUCAUUUAGCAAGGUUGUUUCUCUAGUCGUUGUCUCUUUCGGCGUGGCAGUUGCGACAGUCACGGACCUGGAAUUCAACAUGUUUGGUGCUGUUAUUGCGGUUGCUUGGAUAAUCCCGAGUGCCAUUAACAAAAUACUCUGGUCUAAUCUCCAACAGCAAGGCAAUUGGACUGCUCUCGCGUUGAUGUGGAAAACGACCCCAGUUACGAUAUUCUUCCUGGUAGCUCUUAUGCCAUGGUUGGACCCUCCGGGAGUGUUGUUGUUCAAGUGGAACAUGACAAAUGCCACUGCUGUCCUAAUAUCGGCCUUGCUUGGCUUUCUCUUGCAAUGGUCUGGGGCGUUGGCACUCGGUGCUACAUCUGCAACAUCUCAUGUCGUUCUUGGCCAAUUCAAGACAUGCAUCAUCCUACUUGGAGGUUAUCUACUUUUUGGUUCCGACCCGGGUCCAGUGAGCAUCGUUGGUGCUAUUUUAGCACUUUGUGGAAUGUCGGUUUACACGUCUCUUAACCUCAAGGGCUCAGUUGAUAUGACAGCUAAUCUCCUUCCGAGCCAGAAUUUACCUUCAGCCAAACCCAAGAGCAUUGAAUACGAAGAGAAGCCAGACGUUGAGGAUAACACGGUGACAGUUUGA